AUGCAAGUGUCUGUUUCAAACCUCAUUACUCAGUUUACUGAGGAUGUGUUUGCAAAAGAAGACAGGAUCUGCCAGCAGUCUUGGUGCCAAGCUCUGAUAUACAAGGGCAAGCCUUGCCUCUAUGCUGCUGCCUAUGAUCCUGCUCAGCCCAAUAAAUUCAUCUAUGAAGUGUGUCAUAGGUGGUACAAGAACAAACCUGCCACCAUAGCUCAGGCACAAAACACCAAUGCAUUACCUGAUCCACAGUACAUAUCUUUGGUCAACCCCCCCACCAUCAUGGCCAUGUCAAAUGCUGCUCCAAACCUCAGCAACUUGGCAAUGUUGAUGCCUCCACUGCCAAUGCCAACUGCUCAUCACAACCCCAAGUUUUCCCCUGCUGGUCCGAGUGUCCAAGUGCCAUCUGCUUGGCAGAAUGUCCCUUGGCCAGCAAACCCUCCAGCAAAUGCUGCAUCAGGCCACAUGAUCAUGCUGCCACCUGGCUCCACUGGUUAUAGUGCACAGCAUGUGCAUUAUGCAGCUCAAUGUGAACAUUGGGCACACAUGGCUCACAACCCACCUCCCGCAGAGACAAUCUCCUUAGAAAUAUGGGCAGUCUUCAAAGCUGGGGGCAAAAAGAAGAAUCUGCAAGCAAACAACAUCAGAAGUAUCUGUGAGGGGCUGAAAGAUGUUGAUGUGCUGAGCACUGCACAUGAACUUUUGGCCAUAGCACUUGGCAUUUUGGUACUGUGCAUCAAAGAUUACUGCCCACAGUUUCCCUGGUGA